AUGACGAAUGGCAACUCUGACCCGUUUCUAAGUGAGCUGACAGACAACUGCUCUUUCUUUCCUGAUCCUUAUCUGAUGGAGGAAGAUCUCAGUCCAAGAGCGAGCCCUGGAGUUUCAACUCUGUCUUCUAGCUUAACCUCAUCCAAGCCGAGUCAGUCUUUUAACAAGUCAAGCAUCAGCAGCCCAACUGGUGGAUCACUGAGAGAUUCUCUGCUAGACUCCAGCACUUCAUCAUCAUCCACUAUAACCCUGAGUGACUCUGCUUUCUCACCAGCCAACAUGAGGGAACUCGAUUCCUUUUUGAGUAUAAUCCCUCGGAGCCCAGACCCCAUGGGGCCACUGAAUGAUGCCAUAGACUCGCAGUCCAUUCCCUUCCAAGAACAACUGGGCUUCUGUUCAGAAGACACGUCACAGUGCUCGCUCGCAUCCAGUGCAUCGGCCAUGCACAUCAGCUCAGGGUCUAACGAGUCGUCCUCUGACAGUGAAACCCCAGGGCGUCCAUCACUGCUCAGGACUCUGUUGGAUAAGGAAGGGGAAGCAAUCCAAGGCCCAAUGACAUACACAGAGUGGAUUCUGGAGGAGGCCCAGAAGAAGAAAAGGGAGAUCAAGAAGUCUAGAAUUUCUCGAGGAAGUGGAACCUCAAAACAUUUGGCUAAUUUCCGAAUCAGAGGCAGUAAGCCAGGGGCUAGGAAAUCUACAGAGCUUCCUCUACCAAAGUCCCCACACACCAAUAACUUUUUGUAUGUCAAAGAUGGGGCACAGCUUCGGAAACCUACUAAAGAGCUACCUUUGCCCCUAUCAGCAUUGUCAAUACCAGUCAAUCCACAGAAUCAGAACAAUCUUAACGUCGGCACCAAUGCUCAGUGGUACAAUCCCACGAGUUCAGAUGAUAACUCUGAUUCAUCUACGGGGGUCAAUACUUUAGAGCUCCCCGAUGACUUCAAGCUUCCAGAUGACCUGCUGGACUUGGCUGUGGAAUACUGCGGGUCACUGGGCGCUGAUCAGGCAGAGGCUUUGCUGUCAGACAUCAACGAGAGCACAUCUUUCGAAGACAAUCUCUACUCACUCAUCUCCUCGCCUGGUCAGGCAAAGCUGACCCCACCAUCCAGUCAGGGCAACCAUCAGCCAUCAUCUCUGCUGGACUCUGUUUUAGAGCUUUCAUCCAGCACACAGACUUGUGUUAAAACAAGUGCAAAUAGUACAUUGUUUAAUGAUUUCAAACCCUAUAGUUUACUGCAAGGCACUUUAUUGAAACAAGGGUCCCCAGCAGCAGAAAAUAAAAAUAUACCAGUCAAAAUUUCAGAUUCAGAAAUCGGAAAGAUGAGUCUUCUACGAGCUGCCGUGACAUCACCAGAUGUUGAUAAACUUAUUGAGCAGAUACCUUUUGCGAAUGUCAGAAAAUAUCAGCAAUCUUCCCCAAACAAGUGUAGCCCUCCACCUCUAGAAGAUCCUGAUGUCAUCAUUACCAAGGUCAGAGGCUUGCAAACAUCAGAUCAGUCCUCACAGAUCACACACGGGAGAGUCUUUAAAGUCCCAGUGCUGAGUCCCAUGAAAUCAAGUGGUAAAAUUUCCCCCUCCAAACCUUCCCAGAGUUCCAGUGGUCCUUGGAGCUCCUCCGACCAUAUGGAUGCCAUUCUUUUUGAUCACUUUUACACAGCGAGUAUGUCCAUGAGCCCUCCUGCCAGCAUUCAGAGUUCACCACCCUCCCCUAACUCCAUCGUUAGAAAAUCCUCAGGUACCAUUCUAGCCCCAAGAUCACACCAGGAUGCGGCGACUGGGCAUAAAGUUAUCUUUGCCAGCCAAGGAUCCUCAAACAACAGAAGUCGAUCAAACUCAUCAUCCUCUUGGCCGACGCUGUCCGGCCAGGGCAGUCCUCAGUCCCCCCGAACUGCUGGCAUCACAAAUUCAGACCUCUCCUCCACCCAACCCGUGUCUGUCAUGAUCAUGAAGAAGGAUAACCACAGGUCACGACGCUCCAAGAGCAUCGGGCUCCAAACAGACAAUGAACCUGGGGAGGUUUAUCCCGAGUUUGAAAGGAGUCCCACAGAUACUAUCUUGUAUCCGUCAGUAUCUGUACAGUCGCAGUCCACUUGGUCAUCUCCACACAGGGAUGCAUCGCCUGGCACUCCCUUAUCAUCCUCCCCAAACAUGUCGGAGCUGGAAAAAUUCCUUAGAGGAUUUUCUGGUCAGGACGACAAUUCAUCUUCAGCAGAUGAAGACAGUCUUUCAAGGUGUGGAACUCCGUUUUUACAAAGACUUUUAACAGGUGAGCUCAGCAAGGAUAAUUAUCAGCGUAUUGACCAACAGAUGUUAGAAUGGGAGAGGAAGUCCAUCUCAUCAGGGAGUGAUCAUGAUUGA